CGUUGGAAUCAGUGGAUGCUGACAAGGUUUACGUCCUCGGUGGUCUGGUGGAUGAAAGCAUCCAGAAGAAGUUGAGCCUGUCCAGAGCCGGAGAGCUGAGCGUCCGCACAGCGAGGCUGCCUAUAGACGAGUACAUGGUGAAAAAAGACAACGUGAAGAAUUUCCACUCAAAGAUCCUGGCUGUUAAUCAAGUGUUUGACAUCUUGUUGACUUUCUGCGACACCAGCAGCUGGAUGGAAGCCCUGCAGACGUGGUUUCCUCUAGGGAAGGGUUACGUGGUUGCAGCAGGUGAUUCGCCGCCUCCUCCUGCAACAUAGACUCAUCGCGUAGAAUAAUGACUUCAUUUAAUUUCAUAUCAACUACUGAAAUUCCUGUGAAAGGACAUUGUUAGAGGAAGACUCUUCAUGCUGCUGGUGGGAGCUGUGCCUGGUUAAAGAGGACAGCGCGCUGCUGUUCGGUCAUUUUAACACUGACAGAUGUUUAUUAGCUUUAAAGUGACUGCAGGGAACACACGCAAGAGCAUUUUUGACUGUUUUACUGUUUUUCUAGAGUCUUCAUAGUGCCUUUAUUUGUUAUUCUCCAACUUCAGCUUCUGUGAACGGCAGCAUUAUGAGUAUAAUUUAUAUGUAUAUAGAAAGAUGAUUACAUUUCUUAAAAUGGACCAACAGUGAAGUGUUUUGCACUGAAAAUCUUUUGCUAUGAAUGUCUCUAUAGACACUGUAUUUUUUAAACUUCAUGUGUAUAAACAGAGUUAAAAAAAA